UGUCGCACUCCCCCGCCGCAGGUCAGCCAGAGAUUGCUCUGUGAAGUCCCUCCGCCUGGCGUCGUACCACCGGUGGCAACGACUGACGCGAUCAAGGAGCGCAGACGCCGCGGCACUGACGGCGCCAUGGCCACGAACACAGCGCAGCUAGGCCAGCUUGCCAACCUCAACAGCCAGUACCAGCCGUACCCCUACAGCGGCAACGCCAACUACGCCGACCAGUACCCCAGCGCCAGCCUGCCGCACGGCCAGGUGCAGAACUUUGUCCAGUCGCCACCACCUGGCGGCAGCGACGCGAACCAGCGCGCCUUCCGCGCCCCGCGCUACGGCGACCGGACGGUGGCGCGAACUAGCGGCCGGAGAGGGAAGCAGGAGGCGGCGCGCGGCCCAGUCGUGGCGAACCGGAACGGAAGCCCGGUAGUACCGCUGUACUCGUACCCGACCGUGCGGAACGGCACCACGGUCCAGGUCCCGGCACUCUGUCAGACAGUCUGA